UCAGUCAUAAUGUACAAUAAAUUGAUAUACCUGGUGAUCUAACAAUAAUUAAAUGUAACCUCUAUUUUCUUUAUUUGCUGACAAGUUAUUUCAAAUCCAAGGUACAUCCAGGAAGUAAAUAAAAUAGUACAACCAGGAAGUAAAUAAAAUAGAGCUUGCUUAGAGAUGGAGUCGUACUUUCGAAUUCAAUAUACAUCAGUUAAUGACGAUUUGGUAAAUAGUUUAUAAAAUGGGAACUAACAAUGACACAUACAUUGAGAAAGUUUUAAACGCACAAUUGAAUGACGAUGCUGAUGGGGCGCGAAGGCUUCUGCCUGAAGCUGAUAAGGAACACGAUGAUUUGGUAGCUGUUGUUGGAGAUGAUGGGAAACAAAAGAAUGCAAUGUUCAAGCUUGGCACAUGGCUGAAACAAUUCAGGAAUCAUGAAGAUAGAAUGGCUCGCAGUAAAGCUCAAGAUACUCUUGAUGAAUUUCAACUACAUCUUAAACAAUUGUUGAAGAACACACCUUUGAGAAGUGACCAUGACAGUGAAAGGAAUUCACACCACAUGAACCAGUUGCAAUCGGUUAAGAACGAUCAAAGCAAACGUAACUCAGGUGAUCAGUCACGUGAUUUGCAACAAAAGGAGGAAGUGAGAAAAGCUGAAAGAGACAGGAACAUUCUAGAAAGAAGCAAACAGGCCGGCCAGGCAUUAAGGCAAAACAAUCCGGAUAUUGCUGAUUUGAGUGAUUCAAAUAGACCCACAAAACUUGCCGAAAGAUUUUCGGAACUUUACGACAAUGAAUGGACUGAGGCAUUUGAAGGUUUGACUAAGUCGGAGAUGGAUGAUAAGGGUGCUAUCUCGCUUUUACUUCAAAUAGUUCAGACGGCCAAUUCUUUUUCCAAAACUACUAUGCACGAUAUGAUGAAAACAUUGACGAGCUCGUUUGACACACGUAUAUCGGGAUCCGAUAAGACACAACCUACUGAAGAAGGACGGCAGCUGCUUGUCCAACUUUUAAAGGAAGAGGCAGAUACAGCUCUUCCUAAUAUCAAAAAGAAAUUUAAAACAGAAGUCGAGAAAAUAUGCAGAGGUGCCGGGAGAAAUGCACCUACGAUAGGAGGCGUGUUGCUGAAAUUGUUGCUGAAAUAUGCUGACCAGGCCGUUGAGCUGUGCUGGUUGAUGAUUGUUCAGGACCCCCCUGUGUACAUGUGUCCCACAGACAUUGCAAGGAAGGCUGACUUUGAUCCAAACCUUUAUCGAGCAUACACGAAGACUGGAAAACGUCUGGCCUUUUAUGUCUGGCCUGCGCUCAAACUGCAUGAGAAGGGCGCGCUAUUGUAUAAGGGCGUGGCUCAGAUGACCGUCUGAAACAAAUGUAUUGCCUAUUGUCUAUCGUGAUUAUAAGUAUCUUCCAUGGCCGAGAGUGUAAGAUAGGUUCAUCCCGACCCGAGCGUAGGGUGUUUUGCGGAAACGAGGUUUAACGAGUUUCUGCAAAACACCCUGCGCGAGGGUCGGGAUGAACCUAUCUUACACGAGCGGCUAUGGUAGAUGCUUUUUCUCCCACCUCAGUUAAACAAAAUUUAGUAAAAAUGUAUUUUUUGCUGGAACUCCUUUGUGCUUAGUGAAAAUAACUGCGUACAGAUAUACGAUAAUUCGUGGUUGUCAUGGAUAUUCGCGCAGUGAUUCAGAGUAUGUAAAUGGUCUGUUCGGUCUUUAAAAACUGUUUUCUGGUGACAUUUGAAGCGAGAAAUAAUUAAAUAGCGUUCAAAAUAUUGCCACAAGACAAGGUUUCCAUGAUGCGCUACAGUCUUCAACAAGGGAGGUAAUUACAAUAUGGUGACCAUAAAAAGAAGUUCCAUACGGGCAUUUUAUCUUCGCCCGUGGGCAAGAUAAGAAUUUCUUGCAUGGUUAAAUUAAUGGAUCUACUUAUCUGAGGUGGGAGAAAUGUAUUUUCUAUUGACAUUUCGAGUUUUUGUACUCUCUAAAAUUCUAGAAUAGUUGUGGUUUCAUAAAGCACAUGCUAAGGGGAUUAUGUAAAUAAACGAUACAUAUUCGACGUGUUCAGCAAAUAUCUAUUUCAUAAUAAUUUCUAUGUCUUGUAAUUCCUGUAAUAAAAUGCAUUUUUCUAGUAGAAUAUUAAAUCACGGAUGGACUAAAAUAUUCAGUGAAAUGUUAAAUCAAUCAUGUCGAAAAUUGAACGAUAAAAUACGA